AUGGCUGUCUGGAAUAUGGCGCAGAAUCUUCGUGUACGCUACCUUCAGAUUGUACACCUAAUCCCUUUCACAAUGACCACCUUAGCAGGAUUAAAAAGUCAUGAUUCUAUUCUUUCAAAAUUGGAUACAUUUAAACGAAAGAAAAAAGCUCGUUUAGAAGUUGAAGAACUUACUAAAGAAAGUCGUCAAGCCAUUGAAAUGGCAGUGAGUGCAUUGUCCACAGAUGAUCCUAAACAAUAUCAAUUAGAAGAAGGACAAGAACGUUCAUUCAUUGAAAAAUCCUCUCAAAAUUCUGAAAGUGUUAAAAAUCUACUGGAAAAAUUAUUAACAUGGAUUAAUAAUGAACUCUCUGAACAACGUAUUCUUGUCAGAGAUAUUCAAGAAGACUUAUAUGAUGGUCAACUUUUACAAAAAUUAGUUGAAAAAUUAGCCAAGAUAAAAUUAGAUCAUCCUGAAUUAACACAAUCCGAGAUUGGACAACUUCAACGUUUACGUGGUGUUUUACAAACAGUCAAUGAGAUACUUCAUGUUUCUGAAAGUUGGGCUAGUCAACGAUGGACUGCUGAACGUAUUCAUCAGAAGGAUUUAGUUGCUAUUCUACGUCUACUGGUUGCUAUUGCUCGUCAAUUCGAACCACAAAUGCGAUUUCAACCGGGUAUUUUUCUCACUGUCAUUAUUGCUCGUAAAUUAAACGGCAAAUUGGAGUAUCGUUAUGAAAGAGAAUACAUCACGGAGUUUACUGAAAAACUACCUGCUGGCAAUCCACUCGAUGCCAUCUCUGAACAUCAUAUGGUUUUACAAGCUGUCGUGGCCUUUAUCAAUGCGUAUUUAGAACAAGUUGGCUUCCAUGUGACUGAUCUCUCCAAAGAUUUUAGAGAUGGAGUUUUACUUAUCCUGUUAAUGGGUCUUAUUGAAGGCUAUUUUGUACCAUUUUAUGCAUAUCAUCCAACACCGACAACAGAGGAUAUGUGUCUAGCAAAUGUUAAACUAGGCUUUGAAUUGAUUCAAGCCGCUGGAAUGGUUGAACCACCAGCAAAACCUGAAGAAAUUGUAGCCGGUGAUACAAGUGCCAUCUUACGUGUACUGUAUGGUAUUUAUUCGUAUUGUGCACACAUGGAAGAGGAUGAACAACAGCUGCAACAACAAUACCAACAACAAAACCAACAGCAGCAGCAACAACAUCGGCAUGAAAUAACUAAUAUCCAUGAACAAGAUGAAAUUGAUGAAAGUAAUAGAAACACUAAUAUGAUGAUUACUGAUGAUAAUGCGAGUAAUGCUAGUCCAGUUGUGCAGAGUUGGGGAACAACAAACUUCUUAUGAAGGAAGCAUAUAGACACAUAUAUGGAAUGCAUCUUUUUGACUACCCCCAAACACAGCUGUGAUAUUUAUUUGACUACAAUUCACUUUUACUAAUUAGUUAAUUCAUGACUUAAUUAUUUUUUUAAUUUUAAUAGUUUGCUUUUAUUUCUAACCCCACCCGCCGCCUAAUUAAUUUAAUAUUAUUCAAAGGGUAUUUUAUUCCAUUACGAUCUUUAGUUUCUAUUUUUGUUGUUGUUUUUGCUUACAAUAAUGAAAACAAGUAGGGCAACAACCAGUGUCUUCAGAUUUUGUCUUUCUUUGGUGCUGUUUUUUUUUGAUUUUUUGAUUUUUAUUGAUUUCAUUAUUUUUAUGAUAAUCUCAAACUUAGCGGAAGUACCUUCUUUCUAAGCAUUCUGCAUAUAUAUCUUAUCUUCAAGUGCUCUUUUCUGUAAACGCCUUUUGAUUUUGUCCUGUUUUGAAGAUCUUCUUCAUCUGAAGUGUGUUCAUGAAAUGUUUGACGAUUGGCGGAAGAUUCACGUGUCACCACAUUCCUUUUAUUAAGUUGAGUUAAUGUUGUCGCUCUUUUCAGCUUUUUCGUGAAUGUAAUUGUGCUAGGCUUAAUAACUUGUUGGUAUAUAAGUGUAAACGUACAAGGUUCUUACUUUUGAUGACAAGAAGUCAUCGAGUGGUUUUUUUUAUUCGCUUCUUAAUUUAUAUUUUAUAUAUUUUGGUAAAGUAGUUUUGGCGGAUAGAUUUGUGUAGUGUGCUUAAAAAGAAUAAACGUAAAUUUGAUGGGGAAA